GAGAGUCAUUGUAUUCUUUUGUAUUUGCCUAGUGCAGUUCAAUUAUAUUUUAGCAAAUGAUGAACUUAAGUUUGUAUUUGUAAUGGCAAAAGGUCCAGAUCAUCAAGCUUGCGAUUACCCUGGAGGACCUGAAUUAACCAAAUUGCCUGAAAGAUCUAGUGAAUUAACAAACGAUGGAAAAGAGGAAGCUUUUAAACUAGGACGAUAUUUAGAUCAAGUAUAUAAAGUUCCAUUGAAGAUUGACAAGUGGGAUUCUAAGAAAAAUUACUGGCCUGUUGCCACAAACACUAAGCGAACAAAAUCUGCCACAUUAAUUAUAGGAGCUGGACUAGAAAAUAAUACACGCAAAGCUUUUGGCGAAUGGACUGAGCAACAGUUGAAUUCCACAUAUUUUGCUGCGAUGCCAGGCUUUUUACGAUUUUUAAAACCUAGUGAAUGUCCUGCAUAUUUUAAAGAACUUAGGCAACAAUCACAGGCUAUCAAGACAAUUGCAUCUGAGUAUCAAGAUACUAUUAAUGCAAUUAAUUCUAAAUAUCCGUCUAUUGGAACUGCAAAUCCAGAAAAUGUUUGGAUUGCUUAUGAAACGUUCAAAAGAAUGCAACAACAAAAAAAGGAAGGCAUGGAUUGGUUAAAUUCAACCAUAAUGAAAAAUCUCAAGGGAUUUUCAUCGAAAUAUGUAUUGACCGCGUUAACAUCUACAGAAAAACUAAGAAAACUAGCAGGAGGAUUAAUUCUUAAAGAUCUUCUCAAUGAUAUGGAUGAACUGACCAAAGACAAAGCUCAACCCCACGCUCCAGGAAAAAAAGAUAAUAAAAUGAAUAUAUUUGUUGUCCCCCAAGCACUAUUAGCAGCCCAAAUGGCUGUAUUUACACCAAACGGUACCAAGAUAAGUAAUCAAGAUGUAACGGCUUCUAAUUUUUACCCUGACGAUGGAUCUUAUGUUGUUAUUGAAUUGUACAAAAAUAAGGAAACAUGGAAGGUUCAGAUAAGAUAUAAUAGUGAUAAAACGAGCGGAUGGAGGACAGUAAAAGUGACAGGUUGCACUAAAAAUAUAUGCCCAUACGACACGUUUAAGAACGCGGUCAAUUCAUAUGCUAUCAGUGAAGAAGAACAUGUAAAAUUAUGUAGAAUCUAACAUGAAUAAUUCUGAAGUUUACAAUAUUUACUGAUAA